CAAAUUUCAGGUGCGUCCUUGGUCCCGUGGGGCGACCCUAGUAAGCUGCCAGGAGGCUACUCUCUAAAAGCAUCCUAUAAUGACAUCACCUUCUACAUGCCUAUUCCACUGCGGUGUCUGCGCAGUGUAGAGAUGUUUGGAAAAUCAGGUUUUCAAGGGGAAGUAAAAGUCCAUGGUGAAGCUCCGUGCUGCUUUCGCUGGUGUGGAUUAUUUGGGGUAAGACAAAAUACCAAAUAUCCAGUAACGUUUUUUAGGAUGUUGGGAUCAGUCAAAAUUAAGACAAUUGAUCUGACAAUAAACGAGAAUUUCUUAGGAAAAUCUUAGCCUUAAACUAAAACCUUAGCCAGAAACUAAACUUGGAAAAAGAAGAAAGCCAACUUAGCAAACGAACGUACGAGAAAGAAGAAUACUCGGCAGGCUUUAGCAUAUGUUAAUUUCAGAUGAUCACAGAUGGGAAGACGUAUAAGGUCAGAGUGAUUUCGCUAGUCAUUAGAAUUUGCAAUACUCGUUUUUGACGAGGGUCAACAUUCGCCGUAGAAAUAAGAGCUUAUAAGGCUAUCGAUUGCAGUUGUGCUGUUCGAAUACUCUGAUGUAGCUGCUAACAAAUACUUAGAGUAAGUACGUCGCAGUGGCAUGAAAUUUGAAGGUCACAUUGUUUCAAAUUUGCAGGGAGAUUGCUGCCCUGAUUCCAGAAUUCUAAAGCAAUGGAGGCCAGAACAGCCAAAGAGUCCCAGCCAUUACAGAGAAAUGCGGGUCACUAUCGGCGUUUUAAUGCCACCCUGGGAACGCAAAAUGUUUGUCCAUAUUCACAUUGAUCCAACUGUUCCUUUGCCUGUUGCCAGAGAUUUUGUCGCCUUGUUGCAAAAGAAUUUUCCUGAAUCGAAUUAG